CGUCUUCGCAGAAAGUUGCACACCUGCGCCGCGCUCUUGCUCGCUCACCCUGGCCGCGUGCUCCGCGUCUCUCUCGUCCGUGGCAAGAUCCCCGAGAGAGCUAUUUAAGCGCAUUCGUGCCACCACACUGCUCAGUGCUAAGAGCUAAAGAGACACCGUUACAAGCAGUCUGUUAUUGCUUACCGCCUACCGUUAGCCGCAAGUGCCACCCAUUAGCCCGCAAAAUAAAUGAAAAAUAACUAAAAAUUAUGCUCGCCUUCGUUUACUUCAAAAUAAAAACCAUUUUCGCCUUUCCCACCACGAAAAGAACGCAUUUGUGAUAAAGAGCCACAAAAUAAAGCCGAAGGGAGCAAAACGCGCCGCAGAAAGUUAUCGAAAAUACAUAAAAAAGUUUGCUAACGCAGAAACCACAACCGAAACCUGCCUCACAGUACACACACACACACACGCAUCCGAGAGUUUAUCCAACGAUAACGUCAUCCGCUCCGUCAACAGUAUUAAAGUUAAUCUGAAAAGUGCUCGAAUCUUUUGCUUUCAAUCGUUAUAAUUGCAAUACAACAACUGCAACUGCAACAAAAUGGCAAAAUUAUAAAUAAUAUUGUAGCAACAACAACUGCAGCCAAGGUUGCCGCGAGCCUUUGUUUGUGUUGCUUUCGCCGUGUGGAGGAGCUGUCAGCCCAACAUUUCUGCCGACGCCGCUGUUGCCGCUGCCAUCGCCAUCGCCUCGCCGCCGCAUAAAAACAAAACAGAGAGCGCCCAGUCGCGGCAGAAGCAGCAGAAAUUUACACAGCCUCAUACGAGUUACACAACGCAGCAGCGCGUGCACAGUCCCGAAGACCCAGAUCCCCAUCCUUGAGUCCGUCACUUCGACACCACGAAAUACCUUGCGGCCAUAAUGAAGCGCCUGAUGACCUGGGAGCGCGAUCUCGUGGAUGCCAUGUACGAGUACCGGCAGACACGCUUCAGCUCGCGGCGUGUGCGAAAACGUGUGGUCUUCAAGCACGGCGAGUGCAACGUUGUGCAGGGCAAUGUGGCCAAGAGACGGCGGCGCUAUCUGCAGAGUAUCUGUUUUCUGUUCCAGGACAUUUUCACCACGCUGGUGGACGCUCAGUGGCGCUGGACGCUGCUCGUCUUCGCCGCCAGCUUCGUCUUCUCGUGGGCCUUCUUCGGCUUCAUCUGGUGGAUCAUCGCCUACGCGCACAACGACCUGGAGUACACCGCCCUCGCCCGCCAGUCGGCCGACCUGGUGGCCAACAUGACGCACACGGUGUGCGUGACGCAGGUCUCCAACAUGAUGUCCGCCUUCCUGUACUCCGUGGAAACCCAGACGACCAUUGGCUACGGUAACCGCUAUGUGACGGAGGAGUGUCCCGAGGCGAUAUUCACCAUGUGCAUCCAGUGCAUCACGGGCGUCUUCAUCCAGGCCUUCAUGGUGGGCAUUGUGUUCGCCAAGCUGUCGCGCCCCAAGAAGCGUGCCCAGACGCUGCUCUUCUCCCGCAAUGCGGUCAUCUGCCACCGGGAUGGAGUGCCCUGUCUGAUGUUCCGCGUGGGCGACAUGCGCAAGUCGCACAUCAUCGAGGCCCAUGUGCGGGCCCAGAUCAUCCGCAAGAAGGUGACCAAGGAGGGCGAGGUGCUACCCUUCUACCAGCAGGAGCUGCACAUAGGCGCCGACGGGGGCGAGGAUCGGUUGAUGUUCAUCUGGCCCACGACCAUUGUGCACAAGAUCGACAGGAACAGUCCGCUGUACAUGCUCUCCGCCUCCGACAUGCUGAAGGAGCGCUUCGAAGUGGUGGUCAUGCUGGAGGGCGUCAUCGAGUCCACGGGCAUGACCACGCAGGCCAGGAGCAGCUACCUGCCCUCGGAGGUGCUGUGGGGCCACCGCUUUGUGAACGUGGUGUCCUUCCGCAAGGAGACCGGCGAGUACGAGGUGGACUACACGUUGUUCAACAACACCUACGACGUGGACACGCCGCUGUGCAGCGCCAGGCAGCUGGACGAGCUCAAGUCGGAGUACACGAAGAGCGCCAAAAGCUGUCCCGGCCUGGGUGGGGUGAACGCUCCCUUUGCGGAUCGCACGCUCUCGACCAGCUUCAUCCAGCGGAUCGCCUCCGCCGCCUCGGUGGAUCACCUGGAUCCGGCGAGCGACGAGUCGCUGGACUCGGGCCGCCUGCAGAUACGCUCCCAUUCCAUACCCAACGGCGUGCUGGCCAGCGAGCUGGAGCCGCUGAACAACAACAAGCACGGCGCCUCGUUCACCAUGGGCGGUCUGACCAUCACGACGACGGCGCCCAGCAUCCCCAACCUAUCCAGUAUUAACGAGAAGACCAACUCCGGCAAUUCCAUUAACAGCAGCAACUACAGCAACAACAACAGCCUGAGCACGCUCACCGGAGGAGGCAGUGCGGCCAGCGGGCCCGGAGGAGGCAUCACCAUUGUGGCCGGUUCUGGCGGAGGAGGCGGUGGCGGUCGGCAGAAGCCGAACCCCCGUCGCCUGAGCAUCAAGCAGGACCAGCUGCCCAUCGAUUCCAUGUGUUGAUAUUAUUAAUUGAGUGGCUUCCCCGCCCCAAGCGUCAGUUCAGCUGGCGUUGUAUUCUAGUUAAGCAUAGGCUCCCACUGUAAUUCUAACUCAACUAGGCUAAGCGAGAUUCCACUGAGAGCUCAUCUGUCAUAGCCAUAGAGCUGCUGCAGCUGUGAACCCCUCAAGAGUCCCCACCCCCUCCUGCUGAAGUGGAGGCAAUCUGAUUGCCACCCACCCGUCACUAACCCCGAAACGAUUGUAUAUGUGUGAUGUGCUAGGCCGAUGAAUGAUUCACGUUGUUAGCUUUACUUGUAUUGAAUUUACUAUAGCUAAGUUACAAACUGAUAUUAACGCAAAGUAAGAUGUGAGACCCGAAAACCAAAAUGCUGCAACUUAGACCCCUAGAGAAAUGUUAAAACGGCUCACUAAACAUGAAUUUGAAAUUUAUGCGAGGACGCAACGGAAUUGUGAAUUCCCUUUUACCCGAUUAUUGCUUAAUAUUAUUACCCACUUCCACUGGGCUAGAGAAUGUAAAUUGUAACCAACAAACUGUUUCAAAAACAAGAGCUUCAAUUAUCAUGAGUGGACAAUAAAAUUGUAUGAGUAUGUGAAUGAUUUAUAAAUAAAUUCUACUUCUAAGCGUCACCCAGAUUGUGAAAAUGAAAGACGGAGAAUACACCCUAAGAUGAAAAGAAGAAAACCAA